AAAAAAAAUGUCAAAAGUCAUCUUCUUGAUUUUACUCUUGUGUUUCAUCGGUGUCAUUAACGCUUCUGGUUCUAUUUUCAACCCAACCGAUGCAGAAAUUGAUCAAAUUAUCGAAAUGUCAGACUCUGAAUUUUCUUCUGGCACCAAAUUCGCAUCCCUCACAACUUUAAAUGUUCGUGAAGGUCCUUGCACUGAUAAGAAAAUUGUUACCACACUCGGAUCUGAUGUUGUUGUUACCUAUACUGGUAAAUCCAUCACUGCCUGUGGUCAUACUUGGUUCUCAGUUUCUGGAACUUUUGGACAAGGUUAUGCCUCAUCAACCUAUUUGAGACAAGUUGUUAAUCCUGGAGCUGGAUCUGCUUUUAGAAAUUCUGCUGCUCAAUGGGCUGCUUCAAAGGCUGGAAGUUGUUAUUCACAAGCCAAUAGAUAUGGAAAUCCAUGUUAUGAUUGUUCUAGUUUGGUUCAUCUUGCUUAUAAACAAUCUGGUAAGCCUAAUGUUCCACUCACUACCAGAUUGUAUCCUAAUAGUGCUGUUAAGGAAAUUAGUAAGAAUGAAAUUGCUGCUGGUGAUAUUUUGUGGAGAGAAGGACAUGUUGGCAUGUAUCUUGGCAAUGGACAAGUGGUUAAUGCUGAAAAUGAAAAGAAUGGUGUUAAAAUCAGAACUUUUGCCAAUUUCAGAUAUACCAAGAUUUAUAGAGUUCUUUAAAUAAAAACUCAAUUUAUCUACC